AUGGUUCAGAAGGUUUCCAACAUGCGCAUAGAAGAGGCUACAGAAUCUGAAGGCUUGUUGGGAUCCAACAUUGUUGACAUCCAAUGCAGCAAGAGAAGAAAACUUCCCGAUGGAAUUAGCAGAGGAGUUGAAUUGUUACAGAACGGUCUCAAGUUCAUUGGCGAUGGAUUAUCGGAUUGCAGAGCGCCCACAUACUAUCUGAUGACGCUGUUCUUGUGCGUGUGCGAGAAUGUUCUCACGGAUGGAUUGCGAAGAGUGAAAGUCCUUGGGAUUAUUGAACGUAAAUCUGCGCACGAGCCUAUGCAAACAGGAUUGAAAGUCGUAGAUAGUUUGGUUCCUAUAGGCCGUGGUCAACGAGAACUUAUAAUCGAGGACCGACUCAACCUGAUUGAUCGUAUGUAUCACUCCGAUAGAUCCCCUACCAGGCUUGCCAUUCUCAGGUGGGUUUGCCCUUGGCUGUAUGUGAUAGGGGUGCCAGCCGCCCACCGGUUGUUUAUGGCUUUUCCAUUGAGCGUCUUCGAGUUCGCCGUAACUGGAUCAGAGAAGAAUCUGAAUUGUCCAUUUCUUUACAAUUCAGGGUGGCCUAGCCUGUCGAGUAAACAAGGUCUCCAUACUUAA